CUUUGUCCUGCCCGUUUGCUACCUAGAGUCGUCUAAGAGCCUAUAUCCUGGACGCCAACGUCUGCAGAUCCACAAACUAGCUGCCUGCUUUUUUUUAAACAUAAGACUUGCAGAUCUGGGGUUGUCAAGCCGAUCUGCAGGUUCAGGAAUUUGCUGACGAGUUCAUUUAAGUAGGUUCUCGUCUCGGCAUAUGUCCGGUUUGAGUAUUCCUAUCAUUCACCGAAGAGCAAGCACCCGUCUCAACCUUCUACUUUGAGCCAUUAUUUGUCCUUGUUAUAGUACUUUAUCCUAUAGAAAGGCACAUGCAACAAGUACAAGUAAUGCACCCAAAUUCAAGGGUGGCCUUAGCAGCACCAGUCGACCCUUGCUACGUCGGCCCCGGUGGCCAUUUUCUUUCACUCCAUAUUCCCGAGUCUCCUACUCAAGCUCGUCCGUACAAAGGGGGCCUCGAAGUACCCGGCCUAUUCUGUUCCACAAGAUGGCUUCCUUCACGUCACCAACCAUCUUCUGUUUCACGAGCCCAGCGAUCGUUUCCUAUAUCCUCCAUGGACCGAAUUAACCCGCUCGAAUUAAUACGCUUGGCAAUACAAAAAGCGUUGCCAAAUAUUACCGUCGAGUCUGUUAGCCCAUUACCGACCUGUCGACUCCUAAGAUUUUUCAACGUUAAGAUCUCGGAUGGCAGAGCAUUAGUUCUCAGCCUGCCACCACCUCCGACACUGAGAUUACUCCGGUCUGAGAGGAGCUUGAAUCUUUCAGAGACCCUUGUAACAAAGUGGGUUCUUGAAGCAGUACUUGAGCCUCCUAUUAAGGUUGAGAAUAUAGCCCGGAGAAAUAUCAGCUCCGAUCAGCACGCUCAAGGCACACUGGUGAAGGAUGAACUGGAGAGUAGCUUUGAGAGGGAAAUGAGCUUGAGACGAGAUGUGCUCAAGUGUCUUCCCGUCCUCGUCACCCAUGUCCCUUCGUCGACGGAGUUGGGUUCUCCAUUCAACAUCUUCGAGCCAGCAAGAGGGGUCACUAUUCGUGAACUCCCUACGCCCUUAGCACCAUCUGAGAGAAGUAUGGUAGACUUUCAAAAAGGCCAACUCGUACGACAACUUUCGAGCUUCGUGUCACCGGAAGGGCUCUUCGGACCGGCUACGGCGGUUAUCAGUCCACAGCCACCGUCCACCGACUUACACGCGGCACAACUAGCUAAUCUCGGCCUUCGUAACUCGAGAACGUGGAAACAAACUUUCCAUUCUCUCCUAGAGGGCGUACUACGAGACGCGGAGGAUAUGGCCGUUACAAUUAGCUACGAGCCAAUCAGAAGCUACUUCAAUAGACUAGGACACCUCCUGGACGGUGUAACCACUGCCCGGCUGGUAAUACUAGAUGCAGCCGAUGACUUAAACAUACUAGUAUCGCGGACUUCAAACCAGAAUGGUAGCAAAGACGAGAACAACAAACAGUUAAUACCCACCCAAGAUACAAAUCAAAUCAAAACAGAAGACAUAUCCGAGAGAACAAUACCAGAACAAACCCCAGGAGACAAGACCAUAGAACCACCCGACGCAAAUCACCACCCCAUCACCGUCACCGGCCUCCGCGACUGGAGCAACAGCAUCUUCGGCGACCCUCUCUUCAGCGAAAUCUUCAGCCAAGACCCCACCCCAGACUUCCUCCGCGGCUUCCACCACCCCAACAACCACCCCAACCUCAUCGAAGACCCAGCCAGCGCCUCCGCGCGCCUCCUCCUCUACGAGUGCUACCACGCCACCGUAGGCGUAGUGCAGCAAUUCUACCGGCCCGGCCCCAGCAGCAGCGACCGCGAGAUCGCGGCGCGUCGACGGCUGGCUGCGGCGCUGAAGCAGCUUGAUGAUGUCGACGAUGAGAUUGUGGGGAAACGGGCGCGGAGGCCUAGUGCGAAUGUGGAGGCGUGGCCUGUUAAGAGGAGUAGGGGGGAGGGGGAGGGGGAGGGAGAGAGAGAAGGGGAAGGGGUUAAUGUAGGAAAAGGGGAGGGGGGUGGGGGGAUGGAAAGGGGGAGGAUAAAGGAGGAGGAGGAAGAUGAGGAAAAGGUGUAUGAGUCGAUUGAGAAAGAUGAAUAUAUACGUGGGCCUUGAUGUAUUUAAUUGCUGGUCUUGUAUAUAGGAGGGAUACUAAUUACAUACUUCGUACAUAGGUUAGGUACCUACCUAGAUACAUGUAAGUAGCUGGAGACUAUGUGUAUGGAUAGAUGGACAUA